CGGCGCUACAGCGUUUACGCGCAAAUAAAUGCGCAUCACUACCGCUGUAGCACGCUAAGGGUUGCCACGCACCCUUGGCUACCAGCUCGACGCCGUCGCGCGCAGCGUGAGGCUGCGGGGCAGCCCUACACCUACUAGAACACAGAGAUGCCGCCGCCGCCGCGACCACGCCCCCUGACGCCGCCCCAGUCACCAGACUCGACGGAGACGCCGGCGUCGCCCCCGGACCCGCCGACCUUCCGGUCGCCGGCGUCCGACCGAAGCCCGGCACCGCCCGACGGCGCGGCACCGGCAGAAGAAGAGGAAAGAGAACCGAUUAUCGGCGAGCCGCGGACCGUGCGAAGGGACCACGAGCAGCCCAUGACGAAUAAAACGUUUCAGGACAUACUCAUAGAACAGUUGGAAGCGGCGGCGGAGCUCGGCAACGCGGACGCGAUGUACCAGCUGUUUCUGAACGAGAAGAUGUGCCCCGAGGAUCCAAGUAAAGCCGAUGAAGACCGCGCCGAGGAGUACCUGAAGUACGCCUACGAGAACAAUUUGGAGCCCUGGAAGGCCAUGCAGAUCAUGCGGUAUAGUAGGUGGGGUUAUGAUGGUGAACUGAAUGCGAAGGCGCGAGAAUCGGGCGACUUGCGGCCGGGCGCCAAACCGCCGGACUGGCAUGAGUGGUCUGGUAUUCCGGAUCCUUCAAAUCCUUCGCGGCCCCAAACCAAAGGAUCGAUGGGCUCCAUGAACUCCUUUCGGACGGACCCGUCCGAGGAGCCGCCGCGGUUGAUCGAAGACGAAGAUAGCCAGACGACGUGGCUGGAAGAUGAUGGUUCAGGACGCUUCCCGUCCGUCGAAACUAUCGGGAGCUAACAUUGUUGUUUUUU